AUGAGUUAUACUGAUUGGAGUAAGUUACCAAAAGAAUUAAUAGAGCUAAUUUUCGAUGAGCUACAACAUGCGGGAGACAUAAUUCGGUUUGGAACUGUCUGUAGGUUUUGGGGUUUGGUUGCUUUGGAGGCAAGGCAACAAGUCUUCAAGCCUUUGAGACCUUUGAGUCCGAUGUUGUUACUGCCUCCUAAUAAGGAUGAUGAAGCCCACAAGCUCUAUGAUUUCUUUAAGAAGAAGGCUUAUAAACUUCAAAUUCCAGCUAUGCGCGAUAAAUGGUGUUGCAACUCAUGGAAUGGGUGGUUAAUCACAAUCAAUCACACUUUCCCUUAUGAAAUAUGUUGUUUAAAUCCGAUUUCAGGUGUGCAAAUCGAUCUACCUCCGGCAAUAACUUUUGAAGAUUCUCCCCCUGACCUCGAUGAAACACCAAUUGAGGCUUUCUUGAACAAGGUUGUUCUGUCUUCUACUCCUUCUCCUUCAAAUGCCAAUUGUGUCAUUAUGGUUAUUCAUAGUAAUUAUAACAAGUUGGCAUUUUGCAAACCGGGUGAUAAGCGGUGGAUUACUUUAAAAAGUGAAGAUAUUCAAUAUAAGGACCUCUUAUAUUAUAAGGACAAUUUUUAUGCAGUAGGAAGGUCGAAAGUUGUACAAUGUGAUAUUGGCGAUGAUCCAAGGGUUAUACCAUUUGCACUACUCCCUAAGAUGGGAUACUAUCAGUAUAGAUAUUUAGUAGAGUCAUCCGAUUGCCUUCUAUAUGUGUUGAGAUAUAUGGAUUUGAAGGAUCAAGAAGAUCCUUUAAAGUUGCGGUAUGAAACAACAGGUUUUAAGUGGGGAUUACCCUCUUAUUAUGUGCGUAAGGUUUUUGGAACUCAAAAACCCAAUUAUGUCAUAGACUUCAAUGUUUGA